CUCCGAGCCUCUAGUAAUGGGUUUUCCCGCUAUUUAACACUCGCUUACUUAACCGAGUGUAGAACAGAGGAAAGUCUUCAUCACUCACUUCGCAACUUACAAAUGAGAAUGCAUUUUAUCAUCUGAGAGUUGUUACUUAACCGGUUUUGAUUUAAUAUCUGACAAUUUUUGCUCUUAGAUUCUUGAAUGGAUAGGUCGUGGCUUGUUGAUGGUCGAAGUCUCGCGAGGAAGGUGAUCAAUGCAGGUCUCCCUGCUUCUUGUCGGAUCAAGGAUUGUGGGGCGAAUACCCGAUGCCCCAAGUGCCACCAUCUGAUAGACAACAGUGAUUUUCCACAUGAAUGGCCGGGCUUUCCUGCUGGUGUGAAAUUUGAUCCAUCUGAUGCAGAGCUGCUGGAUCAUUUGGCUGCAAAACGAGGCGUGUGGAAAUCGGAGCCCCACUUGUUCAUCGAUGAGUUCAUCCCAACUUUGGAAGGAGAAGGGGGAAUAUGUUACACUCAUCCGCAAAAUCUUCCCGGAGCCAAGAUGGAUGGAAGCAGUGCUCAUUACUUUUAUAGAAUUGCCAACGCAUACGCUAGUGGCAGGAGGAAGCGUCGUAGAAUUGGGGAUCAAGAAAGUGCACGCGUGCGUUGGCACAAGACGGGCAAAACCAAGCCGGUGAUGCAAAGUGGGAUCCAUAGAGGUUUUAAGAAGAUCAUGGUUCUUUACGAGACGUCUAAGAGGGGAUGCAAGGCCGAUAAGUGCAAUUGGGUGAUGCAUCAGUACCAUCUCGGGAGUGACAAGGACGAGAAAGAGGGAGAAUAUGUGGUCUCGAAGAUCUUUCACCAGCCCGAGAAGGAGAGUGAGAAGGUUGGAAGUCUUACUUUGGUGAAGGAAGAAUCGGAUGUUCAUGUAAAGGCAGUUCAUGUGAUCCCGAUGACGCCUAAGAUGACCACUCCCGACCCUCCUUGUCAGGACCAAACUCCGUAUUCGGACUCGGACGAUUAUUUCCUUCAGUCACUACUUCAGGAAACCGAGCAUCUCAACGAACCAUAUCACUCUUCCUAUAGUUCCCGGUUAGAAGAAGUUGAGUUCAUCACUUGCUUGGCGGGAAACACCGAAGCUGAUGAUUUCAAUCGACCGAACUCCCUAUCCUGCAACGAGAUAUUCGACUCUAAAGAUGCAUCUGGUGACAUAAACGCCGUGCACAACAGAGACACCACCGGUUGCUGUGGAAUAGGCGAGCUUGAGAACUUAGACCUCGACGUUGCGCCAGAUUUCAACUCACAGGAGUUGCAGUUCUCGUCCCAAGACAGCGUAUUUGAUUCGUUGGACCGACUGUAUUAGGACUCGAAACGUCCCAUUUUUGCACCUCUCGUGGUCCCCUCAUACGAGCAAUAAGAUUUCGACUAAAAGCUAGAGUUGAUCGCAAAGAGAGAAGAAGAACGUGAGCCUAAUGAGACGUAGAUUCAGGUUUGUCGAACUCCCAUCGGUAUCAGCUUUGGAGGUGUGAUAUAUUAGUUACUAAACUAUGUAUAUAUAAAUGUCAAACAAUGUUGUUUGUAAUAUUAUUUGGCUUUUGUCAUGCACAUAUUGUUGGUUUGUUAUGGUGGACACUGAAAAUGUUUUUUGGUUGAAGUGUAGUAUUGUUGUAUUUC